AUGGCCUGCGAUCUUGCCAGCUACAACGAUAACAGUAGUGUUUUAAUUAAUGCAUAUUCUGCCGGAAUUUUGAAGACUUCAGGAACAUAUGGACGAAGAGGCUCCUCUCGUUCAAAACGAGCAUGGUUUGAGCGUUUCCCGUUAUUAUUCAGUUUAGUUCCGCUCAGUAGGCCAGUUGUGGAACAUGCGGAGUCAAGGGGAAGUGGAUUUGAGGCCACAGUUAAUUGUCAAGUUUGCAACGCUGUUGUGCCUUUGGGAAAUAAGGAAAAACAGUUGGUGGUUAAAUGUCCCGUCUGUAAUGAAGCUACUCCUAUCAAAGGGCCUCCUCCGGGCAAACAAUAUGUCCGUUGUCCGUGCAACUGCUUGCUGAUUUGCAAGGCUUCAACCACACGCGUCGGCUGUCCCCGUCCGCAAUGUCAGCGCGUUAUUACGCUUCCCGGGGCUUCAUCAGAUACUCUCGGUCCGUCAAAUCUGGAAAAUGUACCAAUUAAUGGGGGCACGUUCACUCAGCGUAACGUUGCCAUUCGUCUUACUUGCGGCAACUGUCACCGACCGUUCUCCAUCCCUUCGCCGCAAAACUCUUACUCAAAUACACGAACUUGCGGGGACCGCCUAAUUUACUGCCUAUCUGGAGGCAGCGCCCCAAACUCCAAUUUCCUCAUUGCUGCCCGCUGCCCGCAAUGCCGAAAGGUGACCUCUGUAGGCCCUGCCUACUCCCGCGUUCGAUGGGUCAGCUACCUCAUACUCACCCUAAUCUUCCUCAUAAUCUCUAUCGCUGUCACCGCUGGCACGGUCCAGGCAGCCUUGGCCAACGGAGCGCUAUACUUCCUUUGGUCCGGUAAGUCUUUUAACUUCUUCCUUUAUGCCCUUUCUCUGAAGUAUUAUCUUCUCCAUCAUCCUUUUAAGAUGGGUGCUAGAGCUCUAACACCAGAUUUAGCCCAUUCUUCUUGUUGGUUCUCUCAUCUUCUAUACCGCUAA